UUUACAUGUGGUGUCCAUAUGUCAGGUCAUGUGGAGAGUGAGAAUAGAGUUAACAAGAGUAUUGGUGAUAUCAAAACAACACUCUUUGAUCUUGUCAGUGGGCUUAUCAAGAGAACAGAGGGUCAAGAUGACAUGGAAACCCUACAUGUUCAACAGAUAUCACAACACCCUUCAGCUAUAGAUGUGCUAUUUGCAGAACCAUUGAAGUUGAUUCAGGGAAACUGUGUCUUGUAUGCUGUUCAGAAAUUAUACAAACAAAUAGAGCAUUCUGUUUUCUACAAUGUCGAACAGGUACCUCUUCCAGCAGGUUAUACACAUUGGAAUCUCCUCAAUACAUUUGAAGAUGAUAACAUCAAGCUGUCUACAAAAUACCUUCUCUGUUUUAUUGCUACGCAUGGAUGGUUGUGCUCAGGGUUAUUCAAGAUUGCCUACUAUGCAUCUGAGUCCAUUCAUUUCAUUGCUGUCCUUGACAUGGAGCAUACCCUUUGUGAUUGCAUAAUAGGAAUAAACCUAGGAAUCCCAUGCUGCUACUACUAUGCACUUCUUCACUACUUUAGGCUGACUAAAGAACAAGGCUUAUCUACUGUUGUAUUCUAUCUUAGCUUAUUCAACUAA